GGUCCCGUUGUCGUGCAGCUGGCCGUACUCCUUUCAGGGUGCCGGAGUCUUCGAGAAGCUAAUGUUCUCAGCAGGGUCCUUGUCCGCAUUUCUGUUCCAUGGGCCCUCCUGGAGUCAGCUGAUGCAGCAAAAAGUGUUGCUGGUGCUGCUGUUAUCAGAUGCUUCUCUGGCUCAGAAAAUGCCUUCACUUCGUCUGGAAAAGAUGAGUUACCCAAUCGCACGGUCAAUACUUCAUCAAAGCAAAGGUUUGCUAUCUAUGUAGAUGAUCCAGAGCAGAAAGAAAACUACAGCUGCCAAGUAGCCGAAGAGCUGGAAUCAAGCCUGUGUGAACUGGAUACUAGUGCCAUGACAUCCAGUAUUCACUUAUUGCUGGAUCUGAGUACAGGAUCUCCUAUGGUAGUGGACACAUCUUUCCAGUCUCAGCCUGAGGAUCACAUGAGUGAUGCCGUAACUCUGACUGUGGGAGAGUAUGCAGAAGAUAUCCAUCACUACCUCCGGGAGGCUGAAGUAAGAUUCAGACCUAAGCCCUACUACAUGAGGAAGCAACCAGAUAUCACAACAAGAAUGCGGGCCAUCUUGGUAGACUGGCUGGUGGAAGUAGGGGAAGAGUAUAAACUUCAGACAGAGACUUUGUACUUGGCGGUUAACUUCGUGGACAGGUUUCUUUCCUGCAUGUCUGUUAUCAGAGGGAAGCUGCAGCUUGUAGGAACAGCAGCAAUUCUUCUGGCUGCGAAAUAUGAAGAGAUCUAUCCACCAGAAGUGAAUGAACUUGUGUAUAUAACAGAUUAUACCUACACAAAGAAGCAGGUGCUAAGAAUGGAGCAGCUGCUUCUCAAAGUGUUGGCUUUUGACCUAACAGCCCCAACCAUCAACCAGUUUCUCCUUCAGUAUUUUCAGAGGAAUGGAGUCUGUAGAAGGACAGAGAACUUUGCAAGGUAUCUUGCAGAGCUGAGUCUCCUUGAAGCUGAUCCUUUUCUGAAGUACUUUCCUUCCCAAAUUGCUGCAGCAGCCUACUGUCUAGCAAACUACACAGUGAACAGGUCUUUCUGGCCGGAAAGACUUGUUGCAUUCACUGGGUAUUCAUUAAGUGACAUAGUGCCUUGCCUGACUGAUCUGCAUAAAGCAUGCCUUAAUGCUCCCCGUGGCCAACUGCAAGCAAUUAAGGAGAAGUAUAAGGACUCCAAGUACCUGCAGGUGUCUCUUCUGGAGCCCCCAGCAGUUCUUCCUCUACAAUAGAGACUGUGGAUUUUGGACUUGAAGAUUACUUUGUCCCAAUCAGCAAAGCUGGUCUAAUAUUUAAUAGAGCACUGCAGAUCAUGUGUCUAGCCAUAGAAUUCAGAAUGGUUUUUAGCUAGUAUUUUUUUUUUAAUUAGAUGCCUUUUCAAAUAGGAGGAUUAGACAAUGUAUCUUAAUACAACUGAAAGCACUUUUAAUAAAUAUUUUAUUACACU